AUGGCUACCACUUUCUACAACUUAUUCACGCUACCACUAUUCUUCUUCAUUUUUCUUCUUCCCUCUGCUCAUUCAUCAGUUUCAUUCAAUAUUACUCGCUUUAAUCCUAAUGCGUUAAAUGUAAUAUAUCGUGGAGAUGCUGUACCUUCAGUUGGAGCCAUAGAGAUGAACAAAGUCAAUUAUGCGUGCCGUGUUGGUUGGGCCACCUAUGCCGAGAAGGUGCCACUCUGGGACUCCAAUACUGGAAACCUCGCCAACUUCACAACUCAUUUCUCCUUCAUUAUUGAUACACAAGGCAGUGCUAAUUAUGGUCAUGGGCUUGCAUUCUUCUUGGCUCCUGUUGGGUUUGAGAUCCCUCCAAAUUCAGUUGGUGGCUUCCUGGGCUUAUACAACACAACAAACAGUGAUUCAUCAAAGAACCAACUAGUUCACGUUGAGUUCGACUCUUUCGCGAAUCCAGAAUGGGAUCCUGCAUUUACGCACGUGGGAAUUAACAACAACUCAAUUUCUUCUGCUGUUGAUACCACUUGGAAUGCUAGUUUCCACAGUGGAGAUAUUGCAGAUGUGUGGAUUACAUACAACGCUAGUACCAGGAAUUUGAGCGUUUCUUGGACUUACCAAAGGACCUCAAAUACUCAGGAGAAUACUAGUCUUUCUUACCAAAUUGAUUUGAGAAAGGUUCUCCCUGAGUGGGUCACAGUUGGAUUUUCAGCUGCUACUGGUUAUUUUGGAGAGCGACAUACGCUUUUGUCAUGGGAAUUCAGUUCAAGCUUGGAUAUAAAUGUAGCAAGUGGAAAGAAAGCAAAAGGUCGUGGACUAAUAGUGGUUCUGACAGUGACCGGUGGAGUUCUGAUAGCUGGUGUGAUUAUAGCAUUUUCAAUAUUGUAUAUAUGGAAGGGAAAGAAAAAGGAGACAGAAGAAACAACAAACUUAACAUCAAUGAAUGAUUAUCUAGAGAAAGGAGCAGGGCCAAGAAGGUUUUCUUAUCGUGAUCUUGUUUCAGCUACCAAUAACUUCUCAAACGAGAGGAAGUUGGGUCAAGGAGGAUUUGGUGCUGUUUACAAGGGAUAUUUAGCUGAUUUAGACAUGCUAAUUGCUGUGAAGAAAAUCUCAAGAGGGUCUAAACAGGGGAAGAAAGAAUACGUAACUGAGGUGAAAAUCUUUAACCAACUGAGACACCGAAAUUUGGUGCAACUCAUAGGAUGGUGUCAUGACAAAGGUGAGUUUCUACUUGUAUACGAGUUUAUGCCAAAUGGUAGCCUUGAUACUCACCUCUUUGGCAAGAGGAAUCCUCUCACUUGGGAAGUAAGAUAUAAAAUAUCUCUUGGAUUGGCCUCUGCGUUGCUUUAUCUUCAUGAAGAGUGGGAGCAAUGUGUGGUGCACCGAGAUAUCAAAGCAAGCAAUGUCAUGCUAGAUUCUAGUUUCAAUGUCAAGCUUGGUGACUUUGGGUUAGCUCGACUUAUGGAUCAUGAGCUAGGUCCCCAAACAACUGGAGUGGCUGGAACUUUAGGAUACAUGGCUCCAGAAUAUUUAAGAACAGCUAGGGCUAGUAAAGAGACUGAUGUAUAUAGCUUUGGAGUAGUUGCCUUAGAAAUUGUUACUGGAAGGAGGUCAAUUGAUCCAAUGGGAAAGGAUUCCGAAAUGGGGUUGGUAGAGUGGAUUUGGAAUCUUCAUGGUAAGGGGGAUCUUCUUUUGGCUUUGGAUGAGAAGUUACAAUCAGAUUUUGAUGAAAAACAGGUAAAAUGUUUGAUGAUCAUUGGACUUUGGUGUUCUCACCCUGAUCAAAAUCUGAGGCCCUCUAUAAGGCAAGCAAUUCAAGUUCUAAAGUUUGAGGCAACAAUGCCAAAUCUUCCAACAGAGAUGCAUGUUCCUAUGUAUCGUGUACCUACACCAGCAGCAAUUAGCUCUAGUGAAGCUUCCGUGAGUACUACAAGCCUUCAGCAUGGUCGUUAA